AUGGCGCCGGCUGCGAAAACAAAGUUUCCCUACCCGGAGGAUUGGGACCCGGCAGCGGAGGGCUACCUCUCCGAGACGGAGGAGGUGAAAUCCUCUUUCGAAAAGCCGAAGUUCCCCGACACGCUUCUGGUGCUGAAUCUGCCCAAGGUCGCGAAAGGCGGCGAGGGGGAGGAUAAAUAUGCAAAAUUGCAGAAGGCGAUCAAGAAAAAACUCGGCAAGGACGACAGCGAUCCGGGUUUCGAGCUGGAAAUGAACAUCAACCCCAAGACGAACGAAACCGACGGCUGCGCAUUCCUCAAAUUCCCGAGCAAAACCGCCAUGGAAAAGGGAAAAGCAAGAAUCGACAACUUCAAAUUUGGCGCAAAUGUACAUACAGCUACUUUUUAUCGAGGAUGAAAUUUACUAGUUGAUUUGUGAGGUUUUUACGACUUCUGUAUCAUUUGAACAUAGUAGGAGCUCUUGAUGACCGACGCGGCCAUUUUCUCACCACCGAGCAUAGUGAUGAUCGAGGACACUACAACUGGAGGACUUUCCAACUCAAUCCAAACUCAUUUUUUGAAAAUCACAGAAACUCGCUGCUCUCGCUUUGGACGAAUUGGACACCAUUAUGGAGCUUCCGGAACACUUUCAAGCCGCCACGGGAAGUCAUUCAUUGGCGCUGACCGCCGAUGUUAACGACUGGAUGUUGGAUGAUCAAGGUAAGACGUCACAUAAGAACAAUGCAGACGCUUUUUUUCAAAGUUUGCGGGCGGGGACACAGAGACUACGACUAGUACCUUCACGGUUUUGAUUUCCAUAUCGACGUACAACUAAGUUGAAUCAUGAGUAGUUUUGGAUCAACAUCUGCAAGAUGAACGAGAAUUGACUUCUUGCUAGUUAUGGAUACGCAUUCCAAUUCCAAAUCUCCCCAACGUCUACCAGGUCGCGAGCAAAUCAUGCUUCGUUACCAGCAGGAGACAGAAAUCUACCACGUCGAUCCCCUGCACGCAUUGGUACCAUACUACUGCGGUGAGCGAGAAAAGCAAAAAGGCCGGGUGUGGUGCGACUGGAAGGUAAUACCAUGCUCAUAUUCUUCUGUUUUACUUUUGAUUGCAGCAUCAACCCGCUUUUCCCUGCUGGACAUGAAUAUGUCGAGUUUCACAUUGACCUAAUACGUCUAAACGCUACUUGCACAGAAAAUGCAUAAAAGAACAACUUAAUGCACAACUAAAUGAAUAAUGUGCAACUAUAUGAUGUUGAACUUGAUUUACAAGCUGAAACUUGCACUCUCUUCCCGUACAACUAACAGGUUGUGUGGUCCCCGCACGGCAGCUACUUGAUCACGGUCCACAAGCCGGGUCUGGCUUUGUGGGGCGGUAAGGACAUGGAACAGAAGCGAAAACUGAUGCACAAGGAAGUUCAGGAGUUGAUGUUCUCUCCCAACGAGGAAUAUCUACUCACCUGGAACGGCUCCCCAAAGGAGGACGGGGACAAGUCCGCCUACCGAAUUUGGAACGUGCAGUCGGGAACCAUCUUGAAGGAAAUCGCCACACCGCAAUACAACCCAUCAGGAGUGCCAGGUAUAAUUUCGAAGAGACCAAGCAAGAAGAAAACUUGGAUUUGUAAUGCUCUUUCCGGUUACGGGUACGGGAGAAAGAUGUUUGUCAGGCUUGACCGCAAGAAUUUCGUAUACAAUUACAAAACCCCACAACAUCAAAUCUACAAAUCAGGUGCCUUCCCGCACUUGCUUUUCAGUCAGGACAGCACGUUUUUCGCCCGUUGCACCGAGAAGGAAAUCCACAUCCACUCGCUUCCGUCCUGCGCACCCUACAAGAGGCCAGGCAUGACGGAGGCCGUGCCCUUCCGGUUCGAGAACGGAAUCACCAGCUUCCAGUGGUCCCCAACGGAUAACAUCAUUGCGGUUUGGUCCCCGCAAGUCAACGACUCUCCGUCGUGCUUGACUGUCGUCGACGCAGCGAGCGGGCAAACGUACAGAUAGUUUGUUGUUCUACUACGUCAAGCUCAACUUCUAUCCUGAAGACCCUGUGUAGAUGUAGCUGAAUGCACUUAUUUGUUGAUUAUCAGCUUCUCUUUUCAACAGGAUAGUAUAGAAAUUGAAAUACGGUUUAAUGUGCGUGAAAAUUUUUAAUCGUUGAACAUCAAAAUUAUACAGAUUGAACAACAAGUCCCGUUUGAAUUUCAAUGCGACGAUGCAUUGGCAGAGCAACGGUGACUUCCUCUGCGUCGUGCUGGCGAAGAAGGGGAAGGUCAAGGACGGGAAGGAACAGGCCGGGGGAAAGGCCAAGAACCUGGAUAUUCUCCGGUUGAGAGAAAAGAACAUCCCGGUCGAGACCGUGGAAGUUGAAGAGGGGAUUAAAGGUACUAUUCAAGCGUUUUUUUGUUUCGAAGAUGUUGUGCUGUUGCCGGUUCGGAUUUCUAUAUCCGCUGAAAGGCAAAAUAUUAGCAGCGGAAGAAUAAAGCUGCACUUCCUGUUUUCCAACGGGCAUGCUGCAGCUUUUUGCUGCAUCAACAGGACGUGGGGAUAACGCAGCAAGCAAUUUCAAAACCUACAACAUGAAGAACCUCCUCCAGAGACAAAUCAUAUAAAAAAAAACAGGCUUCUUCUGGGAACCCAAGUCCAACCGAUUCGCCCUCCUGACCGAGGCCGGAGCGGGCAAAACCCUGCUGACGUUCUACUCCCUCGCGAACAGCAAGUGCGAGCAGGUGGCGAGCUUCGAACUCCCGUCUGGGGCGUACAACCGCGUUUGCUGGGCACCGGAAGGCCAAUACUUCGUGGCCGCGGCUAUCGGGUCCGGGGAGUUGUUGUGGGGCCGACUGCAUCCAGACAAGACGGAAAACGCCAUGGAAUUGUUGUACAAGGAUGAACAGGUCAACUUGACGCAGGUCGAGUGGGACGCCCGGGGGCGGUACGUGUUGACUUCCGUCGUGCAGCCGAUCGACUCCGCCGCAAGAGAUUUCAGCAUGAGCCAGGACGCAGGAUUCACGUUGUGGACAUUCCAGGUAUAAGAAACUUUAACUAUUCUAUUUUUUUACUGCAGAUCCAGAAAUAAUACAGGCCGAUCUUCCUGUCUGUAGACCGCUUUCAUCUGAAAUUUUGAAUUUUGAUCCUUUCAUACUGACCGUGGCAGUGGGAGUGGCUAUCUUCAGUACUAUAGUUCUCGCAUGUUGAUAGUCGCAUGUUACUUUACUUCUCUAGUAACCCUCCACUCCCAUGUCUAUCUCUAUCGAUGCAUCCCAUUUAUUCCAACCGCAGGGCCGACCCGUCCAUCAGGAGUCGAUUGAGAAACUCUACGCCGUGAAUUUCCGGCCGAACCCGCCGUCCAUCCUCAGCAAGGAGGACGAGAAGGACGUCCGCACCGGGUUGAAGGUGCACAGCCGCCGGUUCGACCAGCUCGAUGACGAGGCCCGGACGAACCAGCGACGAGCGGACCGGGAGAGCAAGGAAAAGCACAUCGCCGAGUUCCAGAACAUUUGCCAGAUUUUGAACACGAACUACAUGCGCCACGCCACCCAGAUCGGCUGGGAGGACGCCCAGCAGAAGUUCAAGGACCGUCAUUGCUGGAGGGACGCCCAGGACUUUGUGGAGGAACUUAUUUCCACGAAGGAGGAAGUUAUCGACUUCAACUGAGCAGGCGUGGGGGGAGAUUUUUUUCGAGAGGGGUAUUUUUUGGAAAAAUGCCUCCACACAAUCUACGUAUUCACAUCUUCAACAUUAAAUGGAUUUUAUCCAACGAACGUUUAAAUUGUCUCACAAAUAGAACAUCAAAGGCAUCGCAGUAGUUUGGGCGAUUGUCAUCUCAUCAGAAACAAUUGGGGUUUUUAGAUUGUAUCACACUAUUGUUUUAACGACACCACAAAAAUGCAUCCUGCUACUUCAGGUGGUGGAACAAAAUGUCGUUGAUUUGCGAUCGACGACGUUGUAUUGGUCGUUCUGCAUUUGAAAUGUAUACCUAUUCACCGUAUGCAUGGAGGACGAGAAUGAAGAAAAAAAAUGCAGGCACGAUACGGGAUGUUUUCAACAGCUCGAUUUCAUUUUUAUUUCCCUUUGCAAAUCAUUCAACAUGAUUGACUUCUCACGAGUCAACAUAGAACAGUUUGACUUCAAGCUUAUUUUGCCCAAGAAGAACACGAUACAGAUCAUGAAGUGAGCUUGUUGCGCAUAGAUGUACCUACUGCAUGUACACGAACCAUCUUUCAGCUAUUUUCACCGAUAUGCUUGCUCUCCCGCGUCAUCAAAU